CCCCAUUUCUGGAUUAGCUACCCCACCCUCUCCAGCCACUCGCACAGAACUUUCGGUAGCUAGAAAAUAGGUCGUCGAUAUUAUCGGACUUUUUUCCCCUCAAGUCACGACGACCACUUUUCGACCACCACACCGACGGACCGCCCACCACCCCGUUUCCGUCAACCAUCUCAACAGUCGCAAUGGCCAAAGAAGCCCCCAAGACCGGCCUCGCCGUUGGCCUCAAGAAGGGUCACCAAACCACCGCUCGCGUUUCCAAGCCCAGAGUGUCCCGGACCAAGGGCCACCUCAGCAAGCGCACCCAGUUUGUGCGCGGCAUCGUCAAGGAGGUCGCUGGCCUCGCCCCCUAUGAGCGUCGCGUCAUCGAGCUGCUCCGUAACGGCAAGGACAAGCGCGCGCGCAAGUUCUCCAAGAAGAAGCUCGGAACUUUCGGACGUGCCAAGGCAAAGGUUGAGGAGCUCCAGCGUGUGAUCGCCGAGUCUCGGAGAGCUGCCCACUAAGUGCAGUAAGUGGUUUGGGUGUAACGGUGGUCUGCCUCGGUCUUUGGGCGCAUGGUUUGGUGUGCUUCAUCACGGAUCUCUCGGGGCUCAUUAUAUCAGGAUGGUCUCUGGGGAAAAUAUCUUUCUGCAGGUUGCAGCAAGAUAGCCUCAUAAUGGCAAAGCAAUGAACUUGGCAUCAAAUGCCCAUUUUGUCAAGCUCUGCUGGGUCGUGAGCCUUCUUUCCAAGGCAAUAUAUAUACAUGAUCCGAACAGCCUCAAACACGAGUAGCAUUUCACCUC